CUUCUAAUUCUGAUUCUCUAUUCUGUGAUCUCGUGUUACAGUAGAAAGUGUGGUGUUGUUCUUGUUCACAUUUUGAAGGUUAAUGAAACAAAACCUGUAAAAUAUAUCGUUAAUAUGGGGAACCCAAAACCUUUAUUUCGAGAUUUGAAUGCAGAUGAUCCAGAACCUGAAACAACAGAAAUCGAAUCUUUGUGUAUGAAUUGUCAUUCUAAUGGUAUAACAAGAAUUCUUUUGACGAAAAUUCCCUUUUACAAGGAGUUGGUUUUGAUGUCCUUUAGUUGUGAAGAAUGUGGUUACCAAAAUAAUGAGAUUCAAUCUGGAGCAGCCAUCGCAGAAAAAGGAGUAAGAUUUACUCUGAAAGUCAAUACUCCAAGAGACCUUAACAGACAAGUAGUUAAAAGUGAUUAUACAAGUAUUAAAAUUAUAGAGCUUGAUUUUGAGGUACCAGCAAAGAGCCAAAAGGGAGAAGUGACUACAAUAGAAGGGGUUAUUGAUAGAAGUGUUUCAGCUCUAGAGCAAGAUCAACCAGCAAGAAGAGAACAGCAUCCAGAAGUGGCAGUACAAAUUGAUAAAUUCAUUAAUAAACUCAGGUACCUAAAAGAUUUGGAAACAUCAUUUACUUUUGUCUUGGAAGAUAUUUCUGGCAACAGUUUUAUAGAAAAUCCUAAUGCUCCUGCUAUAGACGAGCAAUGUUCAGUUCAAUACUUCAUUAGAAACAAUGAGCAAAACAAAGAACUAGGUAUACUCGAUACUGAUGAGGUAAAAUCAAAAGAGGAAAAUGCAAUAUUACACUCUAUACCUGAAGGUGAAUUCACAUUGGAAGAUUUAGAGGGUGAAGUUCUGCAGUUUCCAACAAACUGUCCAAAUUGUGGGUCUGCUUGUCAGACUAAUAUGAAAAUGACAAAUAUUCCACACUUUAAAGAAGUUGUUAUAAUGGCCACUAACUGUGAUGUAUGCGGAAGUAAAACCAAUGAGGUAAAGUCAGGCAGUGGAAUAGAAGAGAAAGGACUGAAAAUUGAGGUUGACAUCAAUAGCAAAGAUGACUUUUCCAGAGAUCUACUGAAGUCAGAAACAUGUCAUCUGCAAAUUCCUCAACUGCAACUUGAAGUUGGUCCUAACGCACUUGGUGGGCGAUUUACUACAGUUGAAGGCCUCAUUGCAGCUAUUAAAGACCAGUUAGGUGAUCAUAAACAAUCCCUUAUAUUUGGUGAUUCCUCUCAGCCUGAAUCUAAGCAGCGCUUUGAAGAAUUUCUCAAAAAACUUGACAACAUCCUUGAAGGAAAUUUGGCUGUCACACUUAUACUUGAUGAUCCUGCUGGCAAUAGUUACAUCCAGAGCUUAAGAGAUGAUAAUGAACCUGAUGAUAGUUUGAGGAUUACUCAUUAUGAUAGGUCAGUUGAGCAAAAUGAAGAAUUGGGUAUUGCUGAUAUGAAAACAGAAAAUUAUGAGAGUUCGUGAUGAAACUGUAAACAUAUAUGUAAAUACUAGUUAUACCAGUUUUAAUAAUAUACUUCUCAUGACAAAUUA